AUGAUGAACGUUGAACAGGGAAGUCAAGCUCGGGAGUCGAUUUUGAAUUUCUUGGACUGGAUGCGGGAGACAUCACAGCAGUUCUCAGUCGUGGUUGAUGGGCCCAACGUGGCAUACUCGAAGCAGAACUUUGAGACCGGAUGUUUUUCAUACCAUCAGAUCGACAUUGUUGUGAACAAGUUGAGGGAGGAGGGAGAGAAAGUUCUUGUCCUCCUCCCCUACAAGUACGUUCAGCCCAUCAUCCCCAACCACGCGAGGCAUCAAGGGCACCUGAACUUCAGCACCGCCCAGCAUGUCGUCACUGGAGAUGAAAUGGAGAUCAUUGACAGGUGGAACGCUGAAGGGUGUUUGAAGAUCAGCCCGCAUGGCUCUAACGAUGAUUGGUACUGGAUGCUCUCAACCGUCAUUGACGAGGGCGAGACAGUAAGGGUUGUCACCAACGAUCAGAUGCGAGAUCAUCGUCUUGCCUUGCUGGAUCCCCGGCCCUUCUUGAGAUGGAAGACGACGAGGAUUAUUCGAUUUGAUUUCUCGCAUGCCUGGGAACCUGAGAAGAUUGCAAACGGAACGAGUGAUAUACCGCAAGUCACUCUGAUUCAACCACCUGUCAUCUCGCCCGAGAUUCAAAGAUCAAGCGAUGAAGAACACAUGAUUUGGCAUUUUCCCAUCAGAACCAAGGUUCAAGAAGACGAGGAGGAAGACGGAGACUGUGAAUUCAACCCAACAGAGGCAGCAUGUGCAAGUACAACUCUUGUUAGGAAGACGGAGGAGGGGAAAUGGCUUUGCCUCAAGUUAGCGUUGAAGAUGCAUCGAUGA